UCCACGUGCAAUCACUUCGAUUCUCUUGCCCUGCCCCAUGCAAUUCCUCCCCUUGUUCUCCCGCUGUGGGCUCGGGGCUGGUCCACGGCUCAAAGCUGCCGCCCGCUGUGCACGGCACGAGAGGAGAAGGUGGCACCCGGCAAGCCUUUGGGAUCCUGCCUAGCUGCAGCGGGACGGCUUUGCAGCCUGCCUGGUGCAUCUGUGAAUAGAGGAGGUAUCGUGGUGCGCUAGUGGGAGGAGUAGCCAGAGCUGGCACCGGGCUGCUCCUGCUGCCGGGCGUGGUUGAGCGCAUCGCCAUCUCGGCGUGUUGGAGAGGCUGCGCGGGGACAUGGGAUUGCUCUGAUUUCCGCCGUUCCACACCUUUGCCACAAUGGUGAAGGAGGAUACGGUGAAUGAAGAUUCUGAACCAUCAGUAUGUGAGAGAAAUGACAUGAUUCCCAUGCAUGAGAAAAGUGAGGAGGGUUCAACAGUAGAUGCCAAGGGUACUGAUGGGAAUAUACAAUCAGAAGAAACUGCUCUCUUGAAUCACUCAGCUCAGCAGCCUCCAGAACCGAUAUCAGAGUCUUCAACAUCUGCAGGAACAUGGAGGCAAAUAUUUGCUUGUCCUCCUCAGGGUUUACUGUCUCGAAUAGUAACAAAUGUUGCUGCUGUGGUCCUGAUUUGGGCUGUGGUUUGGUCCAUCACUGGGCCUGAAUGUCUCCCGGGUGGAAACCUGUUUGGAAUUUUGUGUCUUUAUUUUUUUGCUGUCGUUGGAGGUAAAAUUUUUGGACUCAUUAAAAUAGGAACACUGCCGCCCCUCCCUGCUCUUCUGGGGAUGCUUCUUGCUGGUUUUCUCAUCCGAAAUACCCCAUUUGUUAGUGGCAUCGUCCAGAUAAAUCAGCGUUGGUCUGCAGCACUGAGGAAUAUUGCUCUUUCAAUUAUCCUGACCCGAGCAGGACUUGGUCUAGAUCCAAAGGCUCUUAAGAAGCUCAAAGCAGUCUGCUUACGGCUUUCUUUUGGACCAUGCCUCUCAGAAACAUGCACAGCUGCUGUUUUUGCCUAUUUACUCAUGCAUUUGCCAUGGCAAUGGGGAUUUAUAUUAGGUUUUGUUCUAGGUGCAGUCUCUCCUGCUGUUGUAGUUCCCUCAAUGCUGAUCUUACAAGCUGGGGGAUAUGGAGUGGAGAAAGGUGUCCCAACUUUGCUAAUGGCAGCUGGAAGCAUUGACGACAUUCUUGCUAUUACAGGCUUCAACACUUGCCUUGGGAUGGCUUUCUCUUCUGGUUCUACUCUGUACAAUGUGCUCCAAGGAGUGCUGGAGGUUGCUGUUGGCAUAGCAGCUGGUGGGAUUCUGGGAGUCUUUGUUCGGUAUUUCCCAAGCCAUGAUCAGGCAUCUCUGUCUUGGAAGAGAUCAUAUUUUGUACUUGGGCUGUCCAUGUUUGCUGUUUUUGGCAGUGUCUAUUUUGGCUUCCCUGGAUCAGGAGGGCUCUGCACAUUAGUCUUAGCUUUUAUUGCCGGCAUGGGAUGGUCUGAUGAAAAGAGGGAAGUAGAAAAAAUUGUUGCCGUUGCUUGGAAUAUCUUUCAACCUUUUCUUUUUGGUUUGAUUGGAGCAGAAGUAUCUGUUACAUCUCUCAGGCCUGAAACUGUUGGGCUCUGUGUUGCUACACUAGGUAUUGCCCUAGUUGUGCGAAUCAUUGCGACGUUCCUGAUGGUGUGUUUUGCUGGGUUUAAUUUCAAGGAGAAAGUAUUUGUCUCAUUGGCGUGGAUUCCCAAAGCCACUGUCCAGGCUGCAAUAGGUUCCCUUGCCCUGGAUACAGCAAGAAGUCAUCAGGAUGAGCAACUGGAAAAGUAUGGAAUGGAUGUACUAACAGUAGCUUUCUUGGCUAUCUUGAUCACUGCUCCCAUUGGAGCCUUGGUUAUUGGCUUGGCAGGGCCCAGACUUCUGCAGAAGGCUCAGACAAAACAUGAGGAAAAUGAGGAAGGUGCUGAGGCUGGAGAAGAGCCAGAGGAUUGUGAGCCUUCAUAAGACAAGCAUUUACGGGAACGUGGUCCUUCAGCCCUUACACUUCUGUUAAGUAAACAUUUUGUGUCUGUAAUCUUUCUGGACAGAACUGAAACAAGUAUUGGAUAUACUGUUAUUUUAAAAGCAGGUCUGGUGGAGUUUUACAAAAUAUUUUUAUGUGUUGAUGGUGCCUUAAGAGAUGAACUAGGUAAACAUACAGCAAAUAGGCUGACCAGGCAGUGAGUCACUCUGAAGUUAGCAGUCAUCAGUUACUAAAAACGUGUGGGUGUGAGGCCAGGGAGAGGAUCAGAAUUGUUCAGGCAUGGAAUGGAUCAUUAGGUGGAUGAACAAAAGAAAGUGGAGACUGAUGUGAUAGCUUCUUGAUGGAUAAAACUGGACUGUAUGAUGGCAAGUUCAGCAGCUCAAAGAAUGCAACAACUGAAUUAGGACUAUUGACACACAGUGAACAAAUCCUGCCACAGACCGAUGGUUCCCUCUCCUUCCUCAUUCAGUUUUGGAAACCUGCCUUUUUCCAUUGCUGUUCUUUCACACGUCUCAUACAUACCUUUGUACCUUCAAGGGACUGUCAGCUCUGGUCAUGGCAAGAAGCAGCAAGCAGUGCUUAUGUGCUGAAAGAGACAGGUCCAGUGAGGCUGUGGUAAUAAAGGAGUACCUGGUGAAAAGGACCAAGCUUGAAAAUGGGAUGAAAGAGGCUGUAAUGACUGAGAGAAAGUUACAUGGGAUUGGGAUGGCUGCUUCCUGGCAUGUAUAUUUCAGCCUUUGUGCAACUCUGUGUCAAGCAAGUGAAAGCCAGCUUGUCAGCCGCUGGGAGUGUGUGCUCUAGGACAGGAGAGAGCUCCCCUCAGAUGGAGCUUGCUGGCGUGGCAAUGCCAAGGUAGCAACGAGUUGUUUCUUUCUUCCUCAGCUCCUUUUGGGAAACCUGACAGUAGUGACAGACCUCAAAUCAGGAUUUAUGGGUCAACAGGUAUCUCUUGUUCUAAGUUUAUACUCAUGUCUGUGAAAAUGCUAUGAUCUGGUCCUUCACACAUCUGCAUUUGCUUAACUGUAGCAAAAUAAAACAGGUAUUUACUAAAACCUAUCAAGUUAAUGGUCAUUUUUCCAAGAGGUAAAUGGUUGUUUUGUAGAUUGGAGGCCUCUUAGAUUUGGCAAGGUCUUUUUACUCUGAUCAAUAGAGAAACAGAAUUUAAAUGAAGAACCAGGGGAAAGCAUCACUGAGAGGCAUGUUACAAAGGGAAAGGAACCCUACCACACCUUCCUCCAGAAGGAAUGACGUGCUGUCAUGAGGAAGCAGUGACCAUGUACCCACCACUUGUGUGGGUCUUUCUAGAGGCACAAGUUGCAUACUGGAUCACAGUAAUGACUGGCAACACUCAUCUGGAAUCUCUUGCCAAAAUAUUUUACUGGAGAAGCAAAAAGUCCAGAUGUUUUUUGGUGGGUUUUUCUUUGUUUAAUAUUGAUGCCUUCUGCACAGUCAGUAUAGUAUAGUUCAUAUUUGAUCUUCUCAUAUAACCUGUUACCUUUCUCUUCUCCUUGACUUUCCAAAAGUCAAGAACAAACCGUUGUUGAAGAAAACCCUGCUCUUGCCUUUAGCUUUGGUACCAGUUAGGGUUUAGCAUUGGCUGUUACAGAUAUUGUUUAAUCUUUCUUGCUCUGCUACAUUUUGGGUGAGUAACUAGCUCUACAUAGGUCAGUCACUGCUUUCUGAAUCAUGAAAUCAGUCCAGCAUCCUUCAGAAACUGAGUUUUAUUUAGUUAUUUUUAGAAACACAGAUUUGAGAUCUAGGAGGACAGUGGCUACCCACAGAGUUCUACAGUACUGUUCAUUGAGAUUGUUUCACAGAAUACUAUUCAGAAUGUAUUUGAUGUGUCCAUAUAUUUUGGUUUCUCUAAGUAAGCAUUAUACAAUUCUGUUUUAGCUCCUGUAUUUUAUUCUGCAACAUAAACAGAAAAUACAGAAUCACAG